CAAUCAACAUCCAACAAUCAUCAAGAUUUAUACAUCCAAAUAAAAUGAAUCUCGCUGAAAUUAUAAAACACGGAAGCACGCCUAUGUUAACCAAAGUCCCAGAAUCUAUUUAUCGAAUCAAACUUGACAGUAAACUCAUAUUAUCAUGUGAAGCUGAAGGCAAUCCAAAGCCUACAGUUAAAUGGAUUCGUUAUGGACGAACAUUUUCUUUCAAUUCAACUAUAACUAUCGAAAAAGCUACACCGGAAAACGAUGGAUUUUAUGAAUGCGUUGCACGUAAUCGAAAUGGAAAAGCCUCUAAAGAGGUACGAAUCAUCAUAGUUGGCAGCAUUUCACCGGAUUCAAAUCUAAAUGAUCAUCGAGAUUUAUUGGAAAAUAUCAUUGAAGCAAGCAAAUAUUCAAAAAAAAUCGAAUUGGGCGAUUUAUUAACGCUUAAUACAACGGAUGUUCUGAAAUUUUUCGAUUUAACUCGUCUUCUCAUUGCAUACUCUGACAAUCGUACACAAUUUGAUGCCGUCAUUUUUAAAACAUCGAAUCAUUCUUUGACAGCAACACAAGCUACUGUGAUGGGUAAUUAUACUGGCUGUGUUGGCGGAGCUAGAUUCGAAGCAUACGAUUGUAGCCAUGAGCAUGAACAAAGUGGAUAUUAUUCCAUCACAGGAAUCUGUAACAAUAAAAAACAUCCAGAAUGGGGUGCUUCUGUUUCACCAUUUUUGCGAUUAUUACCUCCAAAUUAUGAAGAUGGAUUAGUUAAACCUAUCGGUUGGUUUGAUAAUGAUUGGUGGACGAAUGGUUCAACAAUUUCAAAUUUUAGACAACGACCAAAUUCUCGAAAAGUAACACAAGAAUUGCUAAGCAGUAAAGACAUUACUAAUGAUGAGCGGCAUAAUCACUUAUUGAUGCAAUUUGGACAAUUUCUUGACCAUGAUUUGACUUUUGCCGCUCUUUCAGACAAUCGAAAUCUAUUAGAAGGUGAUAUUACUGAUUGUGAACGAACCUGUCAAAAUGUAGAACCAUGCUAUUCAAUCUUACAAACAGAUGUGUCGAACAAAUGUAUUGAAUUUAAACGUUCAGCAGAAUAUUGUGGAAGUGGAUAUACAUCAGUUGUAUUUGGACAGCUUAUACAACGAGAACAAGUCAAUCUUAUAACCUCAUUUAUCGAUGGAUCUCAAAUUUAUGGUAACACUCUGGAAGUGUCGAAUUAUCUUCGACAUCCUAGCAUACAAAAUAAUAGCUUACUCAAUUCGACUAUUAUUGCAAACAGAACAUAUCUGCCAUAUAAUAAUAAUCAAUUGUUGUUAUCAAUGGAUUGCCAGCCAGAACCAGAAUCCUAUCAAGAAUGUUUUCUGGCUGGCGAUCAUCGAGCUAACGAGCAAUUAGGAUUACUUGUAUUCCAUAAUCUAUGGCUUCGUAAUCAUAAUUUACUUGCUAGAAAAUUGCAAAUUUUACGACCCGAUUGGUCGAAUGAAAAAAUAUUCAAUGAAGCUAGAAAAAUUGUAGCUGCACAACUUCAGAUAAUCACCUAUCGAGAUUGGUUACCAUUAAUCGUUGGUUCCAAAGGAAUGAGAAUGUUGGGAGUUUAUAAUGGUUACAAUGAAACAGUUAAUCCUUCUAUAUCAAACGUUUUUGCAACAGCUGCAAUGAGAUUCGGUCAUACAUUGGUCAAUAAAAAUUUAAUAAGAAAAUUGGCCAAUUUUCAUCGCAAUAAAAAACCUAAAAACGAUCCAUUGGACAAAGAAACAAAGAUACAUAGAGCAUUUUUCAAACCGGAUUUGUUAUCCAAAACGAACGUUUUGGAUUCCGUUUUAUUAGGUUUGGCAAUGACACCAUUGAAAAAAGCGUUACCUGAACAGGCAAUCACUGAUGAACUAACGGAACGAUUGUUCAAAUUAUCCCGUUAUACGCCACUAGAUUUAGCUUCGAUUAAUAUACAACGUGGUAGAGAUCAUGCUCUACCUGACUACAAUCAAUGGCGAAAAUUCUGUGGUCUAAAAAUGGCAAAUAAUUUUGAUGAUGAUUUAAAAUAUGAAAUCAAAAAUAGAAAUAUUCGUGAAAAAUUGAAAAAGCUCUAUGGACAUCCAAAUAAUGUUGAUUUAUAUGUGGCUGGAAUUAUGGAAAAUAGUGAUCAUGAUGCUAUGGUAGGCCCAACAUUUCGAUGUUUGAUUGUCGAUCAAUUUAGACGAUUACGAGAUGGUGAUCGUUUUUUCUAUUUGAACAGAGGAGUUUUUACUGAUGAACAAUUGAAACAAUUGGAAAAUACAACAACCUUAUCUGCUUUAAUUUGUCAAAACAGUGAUAACAUAAAAACAUUUUUGAAGGAAUCUUUUCAACUUCCAAACAAUAAACAUUCAUGGAUUAGAUGUGAUCAAUUUCAAAAAUUGAUCUAUCUAAAUGGUAAUAAUUGUCUAUUCAAUAUGGAACAUUUAAUUUGUUUUAAUAUUCUAAGAAAUAAAAAUUAUUACAUUAAAAAUUUUGUAUGUUUUCCAGUAACAACCAAUUUGUUUGUUUCUUUAUCAUAAAUGUGACCAAUUAAAAAUGCAAUCUUUUUGCCCACUCUUAAUGUUUCUGUUUCUAAACGAACUGUUCGACCUUCAGGUACACC